AUGCUCGCUGGCGGGAACGACGACGACGACUUGGGUGCAAAACAACCAUUAUUCUUGUCUAUCCAGCAGUCUAUGGAUCCCGCUCCGCUCGACGACGCUGCCUUGGACAGUCUGGAGCUCAUGUUCCCCGAGCCUGAGCGUCCCAAAUCUCCCCCACCCACCGUCCAACGCUACGAACGUGACAUUCCCCCAGGCAGCGGUCAAUCGCGCGGAAAUCGCACGCUGGAGAUCCGUUUGGUUGGUCAGCAUCCUCUCUGGGGUCAUCAUUUAUGGAACGCUGGAAAGACGCUCGCUGCCUAUUUAGACACUCAUUGUGACCAAAUCUGCAAGGAUAAACGUAUCCUCGAGCUUGGUGCCGGAGGAGGCCUCCCCAGUCUCGUCGCUGCAUCCAAUCAGGCCAGCGAGGUCAUCAUCACAGACUAUCCUGAUCCCGCUCUCGUCGACAACUUGCGCCUCAACGUCCAAGCCAAUCUCACCGAAGAGACGAAACAGAAGACGACCGUCAAGGCGAGCUUCUCUCAUGGAGACCGAAACUCAAAAAUCUAA